GAACACCGUCCUUGAACUCGAUCCAAACUACCUUCUGUGCCUACCUCAUUAACAUCUUGAGUCUGGGGACGCAACUGUGAGGGCGGGAGAUCGUUGGGAAGAGAAAAUAUCCCUCAACAUGCAGACGAGCAACAGGCUGCUGCGGACAGUCAAGACCAUCUCAAGACACCCCCCGUGUGCAUUAUCUCGCCGUGCACAUACCAUGGCGUCCUCUCCACUACGGCAACCGCAAGAUCCAUUCACAUCGUUGUUGAAGCCUACCACGCGACCGACAUCCGCUACCCUGACGACGUCUAUGUCCCGAGAUUGCAACGUCCACAAGAGGCGGAAAUACUCCUCCGAAUCACGCGCGGCCGCGCCAGUCGCCCACAGACUCUGGGACGGACAGGCACCAACGAGAGGGAAGGAUAGACCGCAAUACAGUGAAACAAGAUCGGUCGGUGGAUAUGACCGCAGGAGUGACAGGGAGGGGCAGUACGAGGACGAAGGGAUGGUCGUGAUCUCGUCCAAGGCUCAGUUUCGAGACAGACAUGGACGUCCUUGGUCCAAAUCUUCCGACGAGAGAAAUCUCGACGCAAAUUUGGGUGUGGGUAUUGGUGCUGCUUCAAGGCCUAGAAAAUCGCGCCUAGAGCUGCGAGACUUGACCGUGAAGCAGCGGAAGAAGUUAGAGCCAUGGCAGGCCCAAAAGGCUACCCUCUCAAAGAAAUUUGGUGAUGAAGGAUGGAACCCACGGAAGAAGCUCUCUCCUGACGCGAUGGAUGGGAUCCGCGCUCUGCACGAAGAAGAUCCCGAUCGUUGGUCCACCCCCCUUCUCGCAGAACAUUUUCAAGUGUCUCCAGAGGCAAUACGGAGAAUACUGAAGAGCAAAUGGCGGCCGAGGGACGAGGAGGAGAUCCAGAAAAGGAGGGAAAGAUGGGCAAAGCGACACGAUCGGAUCUGGGACCAUCAGGCAGAACUAGGGCUGCGGCCAAAGCGGAUGAAGGACAGGGAGGUGGAGGAUCCUGAUGCCUUUGACGAGGAACUGAGAGCAAAGGAGGUGCUGGAGAAUGCACGGAAAGCUUGAUUUCAGCUGUUUGGUUCCGGCUGAUUCCAUUGAUGCUAAUGCUAAAGCUAUUGACUGUAUUUGAGUGUGUGCCUGACGAGGCGAGUGUGCAUGAGCAAGCUCUGGCCGUCCUGGGCUCCUGUGACUGAUGAUGAUAUCAAAGGAAGAGAGAGAGAGAAAAGAGAAGGACAAGGGAAAGCUCUCCGUCUGUUGUCUGUCUGCCGAUGCGCUCCUGGCAGAAACCUUCACCUUCAACAUCACAGUGACCGAUGAUCAAGUGAUGACAAACAGGAUAUUCCUUGAGCUCUUGUGUUAUAUCCCAUGUGCGAAUUCUGCUUGGUGUCAAUCCUUCUGUUCCUGUCGCGAUUUGAGGUGUGCUGAUACUGAUGGCUAUGCGUUCUGUUCUGUAAGGCGCGGUCAGAAAGGGGCUGCGAUGCCAAGUGUUGAUGCCAGACUCACUAGGUUCCUCUUUUGGUCGUCAACUUCAGUUUCCUACCGAAUCUUUCCAUCGACUCACCCAUCACCCAUCGAUCACGUGUCGUCUUACAUCCGCCACAUAACGACGAGGACAGUGGCCAUCCAAGCAACACCGAGGACGUGAGGCACAGCUAGCCACUAACUAGCUGCGGUCCAUUUGAUGCUCGUGUACUUCGGUAUUGGCUUCCACAGUCCGGUCUUGUCGUCAUACACCAUGCUGUCACGACGCUCUGGCAUCGUUGGUGGCCAGAUGGCAUAAACAACAGGUGUGAGGUACAGCGGAAUCGUCUCAAUGACGGCAAGCCCAGGAAAGCCAACCGAAGCGAUGAACCGAAGCCAAAAAGCCUUGUCAGCGAUGAACUUGCCGUCGACGAUCGAUGCCUUAAUCUCAGCCUGGACUCUGAAGAUGACCACAAUAGACAUGACAAAGAAGAGGACAACAUGCCACAAGAUGCCUUCACGACGAUGGAGAGCCCAGAGUCUCGUGGAAAGAGGUGGACGACUGUUGACAUCUCGUUCUUUGAUGGAGGAUCCUCCAACACCGCUCACUUUGAACCCGAGCCGAAGACCUCCCAGCUGCUUUGGGAGCAAGGUUUGAAGAACAUCACGGGAGAAGUGGUGACCCAUCCAGACUCCAGUUGCAGUGCGACGACGGACACUCAGGUAGUAUUUACCAAAGAUCGACUCGAUAUCUCCAAUGAGUGCCAGUAUACGAAUGAUCCCGAGGAACAUCACAGCCCAAUACAGCGCAUUGCGAGUUGGAGUGGCAAUGACGGGCCGACCGCGAUAAAGACAAACAAAGGCAACAAUGGAGUUUCCAAGCUUGGUCAAUGUCAUCAAGUAAGGUCGGCAGCUAUGGUGGAGCAUUGCCAUGCGUUGAAGCCGCGACGCUUCCUUAAGGCGGUAGUCAGACAAGGUGAAGUUCAUCUUUAGAGCGUCACGGAUAUGUCCAGUCCACUGUCACUAAGUCAGCCAUCAACGGACUUUACAAAGGCCAAGUUCACGCUCACCCAGCGACGACGUUGCUUCAGAUGGGUCAGGAUGCAAUCUGGUUGCAAUCCCCAUUGCAAAACCUCGUGGAUCAAGAGGAUCUUCCAGCCUUUGCCAUGAAGGAACCAGCUGGUGAUGAGAUCUUCUGUGAUGGAGAACUCCGGGAAGCCACCAAUUUCCGUCCAAGCUGCCUUGCGCAUGACAAAACCGCUGCCGGGGCACCAGGCGACGUUGACUGAGUCCCGAAGUCCAUCAUCCGCACCAGUCCCAGUCAUGUUCGCUUGGUUCAGGGGGUCAUCGUUCGGGAUAUUAUAGUGGUGCUGUCGCUGUCAGUACACUGGAAAACAAAUGAAAAGACGGUAUCGUACUUGAGCGGCAGUGACCAUCCCGACAUUGACAUCUCUAAGAGCGUGUGGGACAAGGGCUCGCAGGAACUGAGGUUCAGGCAUCAUGUCGGCAUCGAAGACCGCCAGGAAAUCAUUCUGCCCUCCAGGAAGGUCGAUGACAAACUCACGCAUGGUCUGGUUGAGAUUUCCGGCCUUGUAUCCGUGGUUGUUAUCACUAGGCUUCUUGCGGGCAUGGUAAUAGAGGUUCUGAUAUCUGCCGUGCAGUUUCUCGACUUGAAGGCGAAGGCUUUCCACGUUCCCAUCAUCGGCCACGAUCACUCUGAAUUUGUCCUCGGGCCAGUCAAGCUUGCAGAUGGCUUUGACGGUGUCCAAGACGACAUCAUCUGGCUCACCACAGCAAACGACAACGACAUCGACUCCCGGAACAUUGUUACCAAGGAUGCGAAGUGUCGGUCGUGGUUUGGAAUUACGCACAAGUCCGACCACGAUACGCCAGGCUCCGUCUAGGAUUGAUGAUACUAUGACAGCAUUAGCCGAUGUCGACAAGGAGAGAGCGACUACUACACUUACUGUUGUCAUAGAACUGCCCAAGGAAGAAGAGGUAAGCAGCCUUGGGAAACCCCUGACCUUGCCAAUAUGUCUGAAGGACGUUAAGGAAGAGCACUCCUAAGUACGCGGAGAUGCUGAUGAUGUUGAUCCCGGUAAGGGCGAUAGAGAAGAUAGAGGAUCGAUGCGGCUCCUUCUUUUCGACCUCCACAAUGCGGUAUGGUGCCCGGACCCUGGCAUUGCCUGGGUUUUCGCCGUCAUUGUGAGUCUGGAUGGUGACGGCUCGGUGACGAACACCUGAGUCGUCCUCAGCAAUGGAAACAAGAUGGUCGCCAGCCAUUGUGAAGACUGCUCAGGCUUUGGCAGAAGGUCUCGAGGUGGAGGGUGGCAAUGAAGUUUGUAACAGGGCCAGGGUGGAUGAUGUGCGAGGGAACGAAUGUGAAGUGUCGACACAGUUCAGCGCAGCCAGCGCCGCAGGCUGCCUCCAGAGACAGCUUUUCACGGAGGCUACAGGACGUUGAAGACACACAAUGUUUGCAACCGUUGAGAUCUGAUGAAAGAUGAUUGAAGAAAGGAGGGUGAUGAUGACGGAGAUGACGAAGGGGAGGGGGGAAGAGAGAAGAGAGA